CCCCACCUGCUGCACUUGCUCUGUUGUGCCCUGCUGCCCUGCCACCCACAACGCCCGUCCCCCAAGUGAGCCUACCUAGAUCGCCAUGUACACAAUGAAGUUGGUUCCAGCACUCGUGGCCACGCUGUACGCCUCCGCGUGCGUGGCCUUGUCCGACACAUACACAAUUGGGAACGACAAGGUCCUGCAGACAUGCGCAUACGUGUCCAACUCGGAGAACUUCCUGCAGAGGCUGUUCUACUCGCAAGAGCCAAGCAUCAACAUCCACUUCCCGAAGCAGAACGAGGCCGAGAACGUCGAGGUGUACACGUUGAUCAUGGGCGGAGAAGACAUGAACAAGGUCACGAUCGGCAUGAACCCGUACUUCAAGGUGUGUGACGAGUACGCGCUUGCCGGCGGGUUCUGCCAGCACGAAUCGGACGAGACGCACUACAAGAAGAAGACGUUGCCCGAGUUGAUCGACAGCAACUCCUUCGGCUACCCGAUCGAGAGCUUCAUGUUGAGCUCAUCAGGCGACGACCACGUGUACAAGCUCACCAAGUCGUCGGUCUACUGCGUCAUGUUCUUGACGUCCUCGAUUCCGGAGGGCCACGCGGAGCUGACCGUCGAGAUCGACUGGGUGCAGUCGUUCGGCUCGUUGCUGGUCAGCGACUUCGACAGAAUGUCCACGUCGCUCUACUUCUUCCUCGCCUACGGCGCCCUCGGCGCCUUCGUGUUUGUGUCCACCUACCUCAAGAUCCAGAACGACAAGACCUCCGUCUCCUUGGACCACCUCAAGUACAAGAAGUACACCUUGCAGUACAAGUUCUUGAUCUUCCACUGGGGCUCCGCCGUCCUCUACCUCGUCACCAUGAUCCACUACAUCGCCUUGAACAAGUACGGCUACAUCACAAACUCCAUCAUCGUCCCCUUCUCCAACCUCGCCGCCUUGUCGCUCACCACCCUCUUGAGCGUCUGGAUGAUCUACAACUUGAUGUUGUUCUCCGCCGGCGCGUGGUUCGGCGGCUUGAAGAACUCCAGCCUCAAGCUCUACGCCGCCCGCUUCAUCGCCAUCGUCCUCGUCUUCGAGAUGCUUGUUUUCGACGUCGAGACCUCCAGCAUCUACUCCUUGAUCGGCGAGGCCCCAACAGACUUCCUCAGCGUCGUCAUCUACUUCGAGUUCAUCGCCAUCUUCCUCUUGGGUCUUGUGUGGGCAAUCUCCACCUCCUUCACCAUCAAGGACUCCAAGCUCAAGAACACCUUCUACCUCUCCAUCCUGCUCCUCACCAUCGUCUUCUCCACCGUCAUCUUCGGUGCCUACAUCUUCAGCUCCACCGCCCAAGCCUCUGCUGUCGCCUACUCCAUCGAGUUCAUCUUCAGUCUCAUUUUCACCUUGCUCUGGAACAACGUUGUAGUCGAGAACAACGAGAUUGUGUACAAGGCCUAGGCCUCUUUUCCCCACUAUAUAACCAAAUAAAUACUACAAAUACAUGAAGGACCCUCAA